CAGGAGGCCUCGACCGCGGUUGGUGACGAUUUUGCUUGGUUACAAUUAUUCGGCGCCUAAACACCAAUUUGACAACAAUCAUUUUUCGGCAUUGUGGGUCUAUCCUGCUUAUUUUGAUGUGCACAAAGUUCUCAUUGCUAUAUUAUACUAACUAGGGUCAAUGUAGAUCCUCGGCCAAUAAGAUGGAUAACGACGUUGAUGCCCAGCCUGGGAGGAGCACAGAAUCACUAGGUCAAGCAGUCCGGUACCGAAAACUGGCCAUUAAGAAGAUGAUCAGUGAUUUGCUACCGGAAGAUCGAGCAAUCAUGGAUGCCUAUUUGGAGAAGUAUGAAUCGGAGGCACGACUACGAAAGAACAAGUCCAUGAAACAGCGAGAGUACAACUCGAUAGUGGCUGGUACCGCAACUGUCCCCUCCGCAGUGCCAGACCAUCAGGCAGAGAUUGGUGGAAGUAGCGCGGCCGACGCCCCCGAGGCAAACGAUGGACACGCCGGUGCCCCUGGAACGAGCCAACAAUCGACACUGGAGUCAGGCGUUCAAGGCAUGCUUGCUGUUCCUGCUACAAUCAACAAAGUUGGUGGUAGUCCUACAGCCCCUGAGGGGACUACAUCACCUGUCCGCCGCUCAGAAUUGGUCUCGGGCGAACUUGUCGAGGACAACCUCGGCGCGCAGGACACAACUCUUACAAAGGACAUACAAAAGGAAUCUAGUUCAACGACGACUUGCUCCAUGCCACGAACCCACUUUCAGAAUGGCAGCGAGAAUAAUAUCCAGUCUUCAAGGCCAAUACUAGACAAAAAUCUCAAUUUAUUAUCUUUGCAUCUCCAGGCAGCGAAUGGUCUAAUGGGAACAAUAGCAGACGACAAACACCCUAUCCUACAACUGCGGCUAGGUAGUGAUGCAAAACGAGUCAUUACCGCGGCCGUGAAAGAGACGAUUGAUGACAACAUGACAGUUUUGAAAAUGAGACACACGAGCCUAAAUUCCAUGAUGAAUGACUUGAAGGCAGAAGUCGCGGACUUGAAGGCACAGAACUUGGAUUUGGUAACAGCCAUGGCGGGCGUCAUGGCGAUGAUGAAGAAUAUGGAGGAGAACCAGACGAAAAAAGCCACAGAAGCUGUCUACUUGACACUCAAGCAUUUUCUUGCCGGAAAAACACUGGAGCUUCGUGAUAGUGGGAACGAUGACAGUAGUGUCUCAACUGAACUUGGUCUUGAAAUGGAAAAAAACUUGCCAGAUGGGUUCAACCACAAGGAACAUAUCGAGCGGGAGAAGCUCGAGAACCCUAACCACUACCCUGGCCUCUUGGAGAGAAUGUACGGGGAAGAUUGCAAUCCAGUCACGGGGACUGCCAUAAUCAACACCAGGAAUGGAAGAAAAGGCGGGAAGAAAAGGACCGGCCUCGAGAUGGAGAGCCUUGGAAUUAAGAAGCCCAAGACAACGCAGUAAUAUACGCACAACUUCUUGCUACAUUCAUAUUUAAUUUGCAUACACCUCCUCCGAAGAGGCUCCUCGAAACGACUGACAUGACCAACACGACUCAUUAUAGUAUGAGGGGUGGAUAUUACAGAAUGCUUUUAUAGUUUUUUUUUCGUGCAUACUACAUUUUAUGAUGAGAUGGAAAGGAGAUGCAAACGAGAUAAUAUUCGUUCUUUCGUUCUUUCGUUCUUUCGUUCUUUCUUAG